AUGACUGGAGUAACGCCAACACUCGAGCCCGGAGUUAAUGGCAGUCUACUACAUGAGAAGGCCUUGCCAGAAGAUAGCGGAAUUCUUCGACCCGAGCAGUUGGGAUGUUGGCGAGCACAUGCGAACGUUUGGAAACGAAUAUUAGACGAAGAUAUCGAGACAGCAAUGAUUAUUGAGGAUGAUGUGGAUUGGGAUAUUCACGUCCGCGACAUUUUCACCGAGAUGAGCAACAAUCUUGCUCAACAGACUUUGUUUCCAAGUUUGACGCCUCGUUCGAAGCCAACAUCCGCUCCAUAUGGCCUUGACUGGGAUAUAUUAUACGUUGGCUCUGCCUGGGACAUUCCAAAUGAAGAUGAUCGUCCACCUCAUCUUCUCUAUCACGACCCGUUCGCGCCCAAUCGAGAUGAAACCGGCGGCUCCUAUGUCAACGAACUCGAGGGAUGGGGAGCGACAGUAACGAACACUACUCGCCAUCGCUUGAUUGCUCCUUCCUGGUACCCUGUCUCCACAAUCGGGUAUGCAGUCACCAAGAAAGGUGCUCAGAAGCUUCUGUACAACCUUGGUGGGUACAAGGGACUUGGGUCGCCAAUCGAUUUGGCUAUGAUAGAUCUUAUCCACAAAGGAAUCGUGGACUCUUACACCAUCAUUCCUCCGAUAGUGACACGGUUCCGAACGGGAGGAGCGCGGGAUAGUGAUAUUGAUGAAGUUAAACCAGAAGACGCUGAGGUUGAGCCGGGGUCGGAAAAUCUGAGUAUGAGCGCGAGGAAGGCCUUGGAAAGGCUUGAAGAACAAGUACAUUGA